AUGGCGGAUCCCUUAUAUGAAUUACUAGUCCCCUACUUCGAUACACCCUCACCACGACCCCCGCCAUCAUCCACAGAUCAAACCACGAUUACUUACCUGUCGCGGCUUUCAACACUCCCCCUCUCCAGUUUAACAACUACCGAGCCCCAAUCACUCACUCAAACAACAAACUCACUACUACGCUCCCUACAAGCCCUCUCGAAACGCUCACACAAAGCCAUAAUCGACUCCUCUACACAUCUAUCUACUCUAGGCACAACCUUACCUGCCCUUGCUCAAUCCUCAGCCUCUCUGCGAGAUGCCCUCCCCAAGCUAGACGACGCAGCUAUCCACUUCAGCGAAACAUAUAAUCUACGUCCCGAAAAUCCCAACCCUCUCCUCGACCGCCGGCGAAAAGCCCUCCUUCUCUCCCGAAACAUUGACCGUCUCUCCGACGUCCUCGACCUGCCCACCCUUCUCUCCUCAGCAAUAUCAUCCUCCUCCAACACAGCAGCAAGCACAAAUACAAACGCAACCCUAAACUAUGCCUCGGCCCUCGAUCUCAACGCGCACAUCAAGCGCUUACAUGGCCUAUACCCCGAGUCCCCCCUGAUAUCAAGCGUGAGUCUACAGGCGGAAACAGCCAUGCAAGAUAUGUGCAGCAACCUGAUAGCAAGUCUACGAGCCAACAAUCUCAAGCUCGCAAGCGCAAUGCGUACAAUCAGCUGGCUGCGGCGCGUGGCACCAGAACUCGAUCCCGUUCCCGCAAACACCACACUCUCGCUAGGCGCAAGAGAAGGAGCAUUAGGAGCACUAUUUUUAGUUUGCAGAUUAUCAAAUUUGGACCAAAUGCUCUCUGCGCUUUCUCCGCUUCGUGAUCUCGCUGAUCAAGAAACGGCGAAAUUGAGAAAUGGGCAAGCGAAAACCGGGAAAUGGGAGGGGGGCCAGCAGACGGAACGGUUUUUGAAGAGAUAUAUUGAGAUUUUUCGGGAACAGAGUUUUGCGAUUGUUAGCAUGUACCGCUCUAUCUUCCCUCCAGCUUCAGCCAACCCCGUACCACUAGAUGAGUUCAAGAGUCUAAAAGGGGAAAGCAGGCAGGAGGAUCCGUUGAUGCCGUUGCCUAGUGCGUUGGGGACGUUUGCGUUGAACUUGGUGGGGAUGUUGGAGGGGACGCUGAGGACGUAUUUGCCGAAUGUGAGAGAUAGGAGUAGUAGGGAUAGUUUGCUUACGCAGGUUCUUUACUGUGCGGGGAGUUUGGGACGGUUGGGUGGGGAUUUCAGCUUAAUGCUUGCGUUUUUAGACGAGGGGGAUGGGGAGGAGGAAAGUGAUGAGGAUGGGGAGUGGGUGGAGGUUAUUAAGAAGCAUAGAGUGCUGGCUGGGAGGUUGGAGAGUAUGGUUGGGGCGAGGGAAGGGUAG